AACGAUUGCCCCCACGGGGCCUCUCUCUCUCUCUCUCUCUCUUCCAUAAGAAACAAAUGUGGCCAAAAAAGCCGCCAUGGCUACCAGCGGACAACUGCUAUAAGUUGCAUAGAUCUUUAUCUUAUAUGCAUCAAAAAUAUGGAAGCUAUAUGAUGAGUAUUAUCUAAGCAAAAAAAAAAAAACAGCAUUUAUUUAUUUAUCAGUGGAGGUGUAUAUGAGCUGUGCUUAUCUAUAUAAGGCAAAUUAUCUUUCCGUUUGGAUCUUGAGGGGAGGCAGAUAGCUUUUAGUUAAAGCAGCCCCAGAAUUCACGUGCCCUCUCUCAACGUAAUUCUUUAUAUAUUGGGAAUUCUUGCCCCAUUUGUGCUUGCUCCUUGUUUGUACUUGUGAAAAUUCCCAAGAGAGUGGAUAAAAGCUUGUUUUGGCUUUCUGGGUUUUGUUGGGAGGGUUGAAUUCCUGGGGAGGGAUGGGGAAGUGGGGAUUUUGUGGGGUGGUUGUGGUUGUGGGGCUGGUUUUGGCUGUGGCUUGUGGGUACCCAGAAGAUCUGGUGGUGAGGCUGCCUGGCCAGCCCAAGGUUGGGUUCAGGCAGUUUGCUGGGUAUGUUGAUGUGGAUGUCAAGGCUGGGAGGAGCUUGUUUUACUACUUUGUUGAAGCUGCAGAAAACCCUGAUCUUAAGCCCCUUACUCUCUGGCUCAAUGGAGGCCCAGGUUGCUCCUCAAUUGGUGGGGGUGCCUUUACCGAGUUGGGUCCUUUCUUCCCGAAAGGCGAUGGACGGAGCCUCAGAAGAAAUUCAAUGUCAUGGAAUAGAGCUUCAAAUAUGCUUUUUGUGGAGUCCCCAGCUGGAGUAGGAUGGUCAUACUCCAAUACAACUUCAGAUUAUCAGUGUGGCGAUGACUCCACAGCCAGAGAUAUGCUACAGUUCAUGCUGAAAUGGUAUGAAAAGUUUCCAGCAUUCAAGUCUAGAGAUUUGUUUCUCACUGGAGAAAGCUAUGCAGGGCAUUACAUACCACAGUUGGCUAUUGCAAUUCUUGACUACAAUGCACGUUCCAGUGGUUUUAUGUUCAAAAUCAAAGGCCUUGCUAUUGGAAAUCCACUUCUCAAACUUGAUCGCGAUAUUCCAGCAACAUACGAAUUCUUCUGGUCACAUGGGAUGAUUUCCGAUGAAAUUGGGUUGGCCAUCAUGAAUGACUGUGAUUUUGAGGAUUAUACCUUUUCCUCUCCUCACAAUGUCACCGGUUCUUGUAACGAUGCCAUAGCCAAAGCAAACCUCAUUGUGGGAGAAUACAUAAACUACUACGAUGUGAUCCUUGAUGUUUGUUACCCAUCCAUUGUUGAGCAGGAGCUCCGGUUGAAGAAAAUGGCUACCAAGAUCAGUGUUGGGGUUGAUGUGUGCAUGAGCUACGAACGGCGGUUCUAUUUCAACCUGCCUGAGGUUCAGAAGGCUCUUCAUGCCAACAGGACCAACUUGCCAUAUGGCUGGUCUAUGUGCAGCGAGGUUCUGAACUACAGAAACACUGAUGGCGACAUCAACAUCCUGCCCUUGCUCAAGAUGAUCAUCCAAAACAACAUCCCAGUUUGGAUUUUCAGCGGGGAUCAGGAUUCUGUGGUGCCAUUGCUGGGCUCGCGAACGCUCGUCCGGGAACUGGCUCAUGACAUGCAGUUGAAGAUCACUGUCCCAUAUGCAGCAUGGUUCCACAAGGGCCAGGUUGGAGGAUGGGCGACAGAGUAUGGAAAUAUGUUGACAUUUGCGACGGUGAGGGGAGCGGCUCAUAUGGUGCCGUAUGCUCAGGCGUCAAGAGCUCUGCACCUCUUCAGUUCGUUCGUGCGCGGGAGGAGAUUGCCUAACAGAACGCGUCUUCCCAUUGAUGGAUGAUGAGUUCUUGAACCUAAGCCUUGGUUUGUCUAAUAAUAAGAGAGAAAAAAAUAAAAAAUAAAAAAACAGCAAAAGGAAGAAGAAGAAGAUGAAGAUGAUGAAAAUGACUCAAAUUUAGCAGUGAAGAAAGGGGAGAAUUGGAUGUGUGGUGGGGCACUUCACUUAGCUUAGAAAUUAAAAAUACAAAAAGUGGAAUCAUCAACGUUGCCCCAAUAAAAAAAAAAGAAAAAAAAAAUCAUUACGCACCUUCA